GAACUGUGCUUACUUGAAGUCAAUUCAGACACUUGAAGUUCAUAUUCUUAAUUCUCAGCCAGUCGAAAUGACGUCAAAAGCUAUAUCCUACCUCUGGUUGCCAAACUUCAACAAAACAACCCGUUAGCGGUUUUAAUUCUCCAUUUUCACCGUUUCUAGUCGGUUGUUAAACAGCGCUCAGUGCCGGACUCUCGGCGGAGACAAAUCGCCACGAUAAUAGCGGUGACACCGCCAGUGUCACGAUCGCCGGGCGCAUUAUUCCCCACUUAACCCCGCCGCCCGGCCGCCCGGCGGUCACGCCUCUCGUCGGGAGGUCCGGCCGGCGAGCGAGCUCAGUUUCUCCGAGUGGUCGGGCCGACGGCGCCCCGACCGACGACGGCCCACUUCUGCUGCGCUCGUCAGUCGGCGGCGCCACGCUCCCCCGGUCGGCCGCUGUCUCGAGCGCUCCCGCACCGCCACCGCCACGCGCCGCGUCCCACGCUGCCGGCACCGGACAGACCGCGGCCCGGUGACUAGAAGUGGUGGAGAAACGAUAGGUGUCAGACUGACAGUGGGAACUUUGAGACUGGUGUGUGAACUGUGAGGGUUUCAGGACUUGAGGACACUCGGGGAUCGUUCGACCCCGUGCGCAGACAUGUUUAACCCACACAGUCUGAACGGAGACCGCCUGGAGCGGUACCACGACCUGCACCUGCGCGGCAAGUACCCUCUGGGGGCACGCGCCUCGCUCCCCAUGGACCUGUCGGCCAUGAAGACCUCCACGUGGACCUACAAGCCGGCGAUGCCGCUGCAGACGAUGAUUCCCCACCAUCAGCCGGCACCGGAGAAGCAGAUGAGGUUUCGCCCGGAGAAGGCUCACCGUCGUCCUGUGCAGCGUCUGCAGUGGAGGAAGAGCAAGUGGCAAGGUGACGCAGACGAGCCAAGCAGCUACUUGGACCUCAACCGCAUCAGCUCGAUGACGAUCGCUGACGUGAGUCCCAAGUUUGCGGUGAAGCGCAUCCUGCAGAUGUAUGAGAACCAGCAGUACCGUGAGGCGGCUAACUUUGUCAACCGCCUGAGCCACGGCACGUUCAAGGUGAUCCUGACCGACCUGCCCGUGGAUGUGUUCAUCGAGUCCAUGCCCGACAGCCUGCCGAUCCUGGAGGCGCUGUACGCCAAGGUGUUCCUCUCUGACGGGCUCAACUUCUCCGUCAAGACGCUUAAGCCAGACGCCGUCGUGAUGCAGAUGGUCAAGUUCUUCGCUCAGCAGGAGGACAGCUUGACGGGCAACAUCAAAUGGGAGCAGUGCGGUCCGUUCAUCGCCUCCUGCAAGAAACUGCUCAAGGUCAUCAUCCACACUGAUCCCAAGAUCAAGAAGAUGCUUGUGGGCAGACGUAAGGCACUGGACAAAGCGAUCGAGGGGAUGGGCCACCACGGCAUGGUGGGAACAUCUGACGGAUCGUUGAUGAACUUGCACGACGCGCUGAAACUCGAGUUCAAGAAGGUGGUGACCUCCUACAAGGCAGCUCUGGAGAAGCUGGAGGAGCUGAGUCUGUCCACAUCCUCCAAACAGACCAUCAGUCGCAGCAUCAGCCACGGGCCGGCCCCGAUCCAGGUGUCGCACCAACGGCAGCUCAGCAUUACUCAGCAGGAGAUCCAGGAGCGACUGAUCAAGAACAAGACGAUCCUGAACGUAGUGGAGCCGAUCUUGGGCAACCACAGCCUGGAUGUCUUCCUGGGCAUCCUGCAGAGACGCAUCGACCACGACAAGGACUGUCUCUUCCACUUCACGCAGCUGAAGAAGGAAGUGAAGGACAUGCAGGACGCCACGGUGGUCGUCCCGAUCCUGAUGCGCUACGGCAACGGCAUCGAUCAGGUGCUGAAGCUGAUGAGGGACGUCUCCGGAGACCAGGAGGAGAGCGACGGCAGCGACAUCUCCGGCUACCACUCCGACUCCGACUCCGCCAUCAUGACGUCAGGAAACUCACCCUACGUCAGCAAGUCGGCUAGAUACAACUUCCUCUACAGAUCAG